UAUUUAGCAAUAAAUCGGGUGGGAUAUUUUUCCUGUUUUAUUUUAAGCAUUGCAAGAUUUUUAUUUACUUAUUUAGCUAUUUAUGUAUUGUAAAUUAUCAUGCUAUUUUGGAAAUAAAUCAGGAACAAUAUGUUUAUUGUGAAAUCUUUGGUUUGCUAUAAAAUGGAUUAUCUAAUAUUCCCCAAUGAUAUGCGAACUAUUUACCUCAGAGAAAGAGGUUUAGAAGAAAACUAGAAAACGUGAAAAAAUGCAGAGGACAACUUCUCUUGUAUUCCUUGUUAACUUUCUUAUCAUAUUUACCUCAGUUGUAAAUCAGAGUAGAGCAGGAACAUGCGUUGAGACUGAAGGCCCUUGUGAGAACUGUGACCAGAAAUGCCUGGCCAAAUUCGGACCAUCAGUUAACACCCAAUGUGGGAAUUCGCAGUGCUUAUGCAUCUACGAGUGCCCACCUUCACCGCCUAAAGUAUGCAACGGUGGGGCUGGUCUCUGUUCUCAGAAUUGUCCUGAAAAAUGCUGUGAUACGAAUUGUGCAACAAAGUUUAAUGGUGGACAUGGAUCUUGUGUCACGCUUGGUAAUUUUAGUUUGUGCCAAUGUGAGUACCCUUGUUAGAAUCGGUUGAUGAAUUUUUAAUCCAGAUGGUUUUCUUUGAUUGUAACCAUAAUAAUGAGAUAAUAUAUAAAAUUAUUUUAUCAUUUC